AUGGCUGGCCAACUUAUGGGCGACGCCCUGUACGGCCUGCUCCGGAGAGCGGCCGAGUCGGAGGCGGACCCGGACGACGAAGCUCCGGAGGCCGGAACCAAAGAGAUCUUUAGCUCCUGGGCGCUUUUUAUCCUGAUUGCCCUGUUGAUGUUCGCGCUCUUUACGAGUUACCUCCUCCAACAGAAGAAGAUCCAAGCGGUCCAUGAAACAGUGCUGUCUAUCUUUGCGGGCAUGUUCGUCGGAUUGAUUAUUCGCCUCAGCCCCGAUUCGCCCAUUCAAGACGCCGUGACCUUUGACUACCAGUUCUUCUUUAACCUUCUCCUUCCUCCGAUUAUUCUCGCGUCGGGAUACGAACUACACCAGGCCAAUUUCUUCCGCAACAUCGGCACAAUCCUGACGUUUGCGUUCGCGGGGACUUUCAUCUCCGCCAUUGUCCUGGGGCUGGUGUUGUUCGUAUGGACGCGCAUUCCCCUCGACGGGCUGAACAUUUCGUUUGUCGAAGCAAUCUCGGUGGGCGCCACCCUCUCGGCGACCGACCCGGUUACCAUCCUGGCCAUCUUCAACCUGUACAAAGUCGAGCCCAAGCUGUACACUGUCAUCUUUGGAGAGUCGAUGUUGAACGACGCGGUUGCGAUCGUCUUGUUCGAGACCGCGCAGAAAUACGCCGAGAGCGACGCCGGCUCUCUGACGUUUUUGAACCUCUUCGAGGCCAUCGGGCUGUUCUUGUUGGUGUUCUUUGGUAGUAUGCUGAUCGGGGUCGUGGUGGGGAUCAUGACCGCCCUGGGACUCAAGUACACGCACGUCCGGCGAAUGCCGAAGAUUGAAAGCUGCUUGGUGGUGUUGAUCGCCUACGCUAGCUACUUCUUCUCCAACGGCAUCCAUCUCUCGGGCAUUGUCUCCCUUCUGUUCUGCGGAAUAACGCUGAAACACUACGCCUACUACAACAUGUCGCGUCGGACGCAGUUGACCACCAAGUAUCUGUUCCAGGUCAUGGCGCAGCUCUCGGAGAACUUCAUCUUCAUUUACCUCGGGCUCGACAUGCUCGUCCAGCGGCACCUCCAGUUCAAGCCGCUCUUCAUCAUGGUGACGGUCUUUGGUGUCUGCCUUGCGCGGUAUCUCGCCGUGUUCCCGCUGUCGAAAGCGAUCAACUGGUUCAUUCGGUAUCGCGCACGCCGGCGGGGGAUGGAAGUGGCGGAUGAGUUGCCCUUCGCGUACCAAGCCAUGCUCUUCUGGGCCGGACUGCGUGGAGCUGUCGGCGUGGCCCUGGCUGCCGGGUUGAAGGGGGGUAACGCACCGGCGUUGCGGGCGACCGUCCUGGUGGUGGUUGUGUUGACCGUGAUUAUCUUCGGAGGUACGACCGCGCGGAUGCUGGAGAUCCUGGGCAUUCGCACUGGCGUUGUCGAAGAGAUCGAGUCCGACGAUGAAUUCGAUAUUGAAGUCACCAAUGGCGGUACAUACUACAAGCGGUCCGAUGCCGUGGGCUACACUCCGCGCCGAGCAGACUCGACUAUUCCCCUGGACGGAAUGCCUCGCGGGCACAUGGACCGGAACGACAGCUAUUCCAGCGGCAACAACCGACGUCCUAGCCCGCCGGCACCGUCGUCGUCGUCAGGACGCGGCAAGGGACAUGCACGGCUGUACUCGAAUGCGUAUAGUCCCAAGGACACGCAGACGACCCGGGACCGUUCUUCGACGGCCACUCUGCUCGGGGGCGGUGCAGGAAGCCAAAGUGGCAGCAGUGCCGCCAGCGAGGACGAGUUCGGCUUGCGUGCCAACGGCAAGGGCCGGCUGCCCGAUCCUGACCAGCUCGCCUUCGAUCUGGACGAGGACGGAGCGUCGGACGAUGACCUACCGCCCACAGCUCCGACGGCAUCGCGGCUGCGGCGAUCCCCAUCACAGCCAUCGCAGCAUCUCGGCUCGAACGCACCCCCUUCGACGAGUGUCUCGCCUUCGCGGCGCGAGACCGGGUUGAGCGCUCGCGAGGCGCUUCGGGAUCUUUUCUCGGGAGGACCAUCGGGGGACCAUGGGGCAUGGUUCCGACAGCUGGAUGAGGAUUACAUUAAGCCCCGACUUCUGCUGGACCAGUCGAACCAUAAGGGGCCUGGCGCUGUUUAA